AUGCUGCGGACAGCCAUUGCUCGGAGCACACGAUGUGCCGAGCAAGCUGUCACGCGUGGGCAGAGGAGGCAAUGGCAGGCCCAGCGGAUACGGCAGCCUCAUCUAUACCUCGCCCAGCGAACAUUGGCCGACAUUCGCACCACCGACAAGACUGUCUUGCCCGGCUCGGAGUCGAAGACGGUCGCUGGCGUGCCUCAAGCUCCCAUACUCGACGCUAAUAAGACGGCCGACGAGCUUUUCAAUACGGCACCCCUAAAGGCACCACCUACGCCGGCAGAGGUUCAGGCCACACCACCACCGCCGCCGUCUUCAAGCGGUACUGGUAAUCUGACGUCCGCGAAUAUCAACCCUUCGUCAGCACAGACUGCUCCACCCCCCACGCCCUCUACCAACACCGGCAACCUCCCUCCCACUGGCACCGGCACGGCAGCAACCGGUCCCACUUCCGCACCACCACCGCCGCCCCCAAGACGUCCGCGUCGUCGCAUCCGCAACUUCCUCCUUUCACUCGUCACCCUCGCCGUACUCAGCUAUGCUGGCGGUGUCUACUACUCGCUGGUAUCCGACAACUUCCACGACUUCUUCACCGAGUAUGUGCCGUACGGCGAGGAUGCCGUUGCUUAUUUCGAAGAACGCGAGUUCAAGAAGCGUUUCCCAACUAAGGAGUACAGCCAGCGCAUCUGGCCGCAGACUCGUGGCGAGAACAAGGUCACCAUCAGCAAACAGAGCGGACUGAGUGCAAAGGUUCAUGAGGAGACGCCAGAGGGCAGCGAUCUCGGCCAGAAAGGAAGGCACGUCAGUGCGGUGGACGACAACAAGCCACAACCUGGCAAGGCGUCGGCCAAGCCAGCUCCGUCUCCAUCAUCUCAACCACCUCCAACACCAUCGGCGCCUGCCGUCCCACUCGUGGACCACAUUAACGUCCCUCAAGCCGCUGAGCCGGUCGUGCAAGAUCUCGUCAAGAUGGUCAACAACAUCAUCACUGCCGUCAAUGCCUCUCCGGAGGCCAGCAAGUUCGCAUCAACCCUCGAGUCCAUGAAGGGCGACCUGAACAAGAUCGUCUCCGAAGUCGGCACGCUCAAGGAUUCUGCUGCUCACGAUGCGGAGACGAAGAUCAAAAGCGCCCACGACGAGUUCGACCACGCUGCCAAGGAGCUUCUGCGCCGCGUGGAGUCUGAAAUGCACGAGCAAGAAGUCAAGUGGCGGGAAGACUACGAGACCGAGCGCGAAAAGCUAAGCCAAUCCUACCAACAGCGACUUGAAGCUGAACUAGACGCUGUCAAGAAGGUCGAGCAGCAGAAGAGCAAGAACGCUCUCCUCCAGCAGGAGAUCGACCUGCAAAAACAAUACAUGGACACCGUCAAGGCCAAAGUGGAAGAAGAGCGCUCCGGCCGCCUGGCGAAGCUCGACGCACUCUCAUCCUCCGUUCAAGAGCUCGAAAAGCUAACGGGCGAGUGGAACGAAAUCGUCGACGCCACGCUCAAAACCCAACACCUCCAAGUCGCCGUCGAAGCCGUACGGGCCAAAGUCCUUGACUCCGAACACCCGUCUCCCUUUUUCAACGAGCUCAUCGCGCUCAAAGAAGUCAGCCGCGAUGAUGACGUGGUCAACGCGGCCAUCUCCUCCAUCAGCCCCGUGGCGUACCAACGCGGUAUCCCAUCCAUCUCCUCCCUGAUUGACCGUUUCCGUCGUGUCGCGACCGAAGUGCGCAAAGCGAGUUUGUUGCCAGAAGAUGCGGGCGUGGCGUCGCAUAUUGGUUCUGCCGUGCUAAGUCGCUUCAUGUUCCAGAAGAAGUCCGAUCGCGGGUUACCGGAGGGUGAUGACGUUGAGGCCACGCUGGCGAGGACGGAGGUCCUGCUUGAGGAGGGCGAUCUGGAUGCUGCGGCGAGAGAGAUGAAUGCGCUGAAGGGGUGGGCUGGGGUGUUAAGUCGAGACUGGGUGGGCGAGUGUCGGAGGGUCUUGGAGGUUAGGCAGGCGGUUGAGAUCAUAGCGACGGAAGCGCGGCUGCAGAGCUUACUUGUGGAUUGA